GGGUGUUCGAAUUCCACCCGCUGAGUCUAAAUAUCUAACCAAAACUGUCGCUUACCUUUAUUUCAGCACAUCAAUUUCUUCCACCUGACACCGUAACAUGGCCAUGAAUCCCCCUAGAGAUCCGAUUCUCGAACUUGUUCCUCCCCAUCCGGUCAUUCACAGACGAAAUCGUACACAGUCCCAGUCCGAACGUGCUGCAAAUGCUGAAUCCGGUAAAGGCGUUAUUGUCUCAUUUUGCCGAGAGAAAGGGCAUGGUUAUAUCAAACCGGAUGAUGGUGGGGACUACUUGUUCGUACAUGUCUUUGAUAUCGAUGGUGAAGUUAUUCCAAACCAAGGCGAUCUCGUAGAGUAUAAGAAGAUGUUGCUACCACCGAAGAACGAAAAGUAUCAAGCGGUACAUGUCAAGCUAAUAAAUCUCGCGCCUGGAAAGCAUAAAACAUGGGAUGAUCCACCUGAAGUUCACGUUUCAAUGUAGAGUUCAUAUGUGAAUAACAUUGAAGCUUGGACUUUUAUUCUUGAUACUUUUAAGUGCGUCAUAUUAGUCUUUGUACAUACAACUUCCGACUUUGCAUUGGAUUUUGAUCUAUCA